AUGCCCUUCGUCAGUGAAGACAUCCGCCCUGGGAUCAAGCGAAGACUCAGCGACGACCAUGAACCGACGUCCUACCGCCCCGACCAGCCCAAGGACUUUUACCUCCUCAACCAGCGGUCCGACCUCACCCCGCGCAAGAUCCUUCCCCUGACCAAGCGAGCCCGCAUCACCGAGGAUGACAUCCUCGCACACGACAACUUUACCUAUACCAACUCUCACAGACGGCGCCGUUCCUCACAGCUCAAGAUGAUGCCGGUGCAGCCCCUUUUCGCCAGCCGUCCCUCACCUCGGCCAACCGGUGCCGUCCUCGCUCCCUGCCACAUCUGCCACCGCAAGCCAACGAAAAAGUCCGACCUCGACUCGUUUGCCGAAUGUCAAGGCUGUGGUGAACGAACGUGUUUUGUUUGCAUUCGAGAGUGUCAAGGCUGGAACCUGGAUAGAGACACAUUACUGUCAGAACAGGAAGCGCUCUCGAGGUCUUUUCAUAUGCACGACGCCGACGAUGAUCAACCCCCACAACGCAAUGUCAAGGGAGGACAGGAAGCAAAUAAAGGAUGGGAUGCCGUUGGACACCGUUCUGUGGUAUGUAGUCGAUGCUGCAUAGAACGCGGUGCAGAAGGAGACGUUGCAUGUUUGGGCUGCUUCUCGCGGAUUGAGGGCUCCUGA